ACGAGUUUUCGCUAUCGAUUCUCAGAUCUCAGAAGGGAAAAAAUGAACGCCGGUGGCAAUUUCGACGACGACAUUUACGGAGGUUUCUCUGGCGUCACGAAUAAGUUGUUCAACUACGAUGUGAAGGAGGAUAAGGCCUUCCAGAAUGCCAUCAAGACGUCCAGCUAUGGCAAGAAGACGGCAACUCCGAAAUUCUACUGGAAUGGAGACAAGUUGGGUUCUGCGGAUGCCACGACCACAAUGGCCCGGCCAUCGACGGCAAUCCGUCCCGUUGGGUACACCUCACAAAAUAGCAAACUGUUCGAUCCUUUGAAUCAAGCGUCGAAGAGAAUAGUUGUGAUGGAAAGCAAAAAGGAGGAAACUCCCGAGCAGCGGUAUAAAAAUAUGGAGACCAAGAUUUACGGCCUGCUGGAGGAAUCGAUCAUCGCAAGCACCGGUCCCAAGCCGGACAUGUCCGCCGGUUUGGCGAAAGCGAAGGAAGCUUCCUCUCUGGAUCGCACUCUGUUGCGUAUGAGGGAUCAGGAAGGUGGAACGUAUACCCACAAUUUUGAUCUGACCUUUUUCGUUCUGUUCAAUUUGGCCAAUGUGUACGCGAAGAACGAGAUGUACAUAGAAGCGUUGAACACGUACACGUUGAUGACAAAGAAUAAAAUGUUCCCCAACGUUAACCGACUCAAGAUUAAUAUGGGGAAUAUUUAUUUCCAACUUGGACUGUACACGAAAGCAAUCAAAAUGUACCGAAUGGCACUCGAUCAGGUCCCAAGUAAUCAGAAAGAGCUGAGGUUGAAGAUAACACAUAACAUUGGAAUUUUGUUCAUCAAAAUGGGACAAUACUCGGAUGCUGCGACCAGCUUCGAAUUCAUCAUGUCCGAGAAAGGAGAUCUCAAAACUGGGUUGCAUUUAAUUUUAUGCUAUUAUGCUCUGGGCGAUGUUGAGAAGGUUAAACAUGCGUUUCAGCUGCUUUUGGACGUUCAAGUCGAUUAUAUGGAGGACGACAAGGUAUUUCAAUCGAAUUCGAAUGCCUCCUAUGAGUACAUCAACGAGAUGACUAAAUCCGAUGAGUUGCACGCUUAUGAACAGAAGAUUCGCCAUCUUGCCGAGAAGAAUAUAUUAAUCUCUGCGAACCUAAUCUCUACGAUAAUCGAUGAUUAUUUCAACGAUGGAUACAGCUGGUGUGUGGAAACGAUUAAAAACUCCUAUUUUUCUUCCUUAGCUAUCGAUCUGGAGCUAAAGAAGGCGGUCAUUUACUUGAAGCAGGAUGACAUCCAACAAGCUAUCGAAACCUUAAAAUAUUUCGAGAAGAAAGAAUCAAACAUUGCGAUCAAUGCCGCAAUCAACCUGAGCUUCAUUCACAUUUUGAAAAAGGAUCUCGCCACAGCGGAAACGUAUGCCGAAGCGGCCAAGAAAAUUGACAGCUACUGUCCAGCGGCCUUCAUCAAUAGUGGCGUCUGCAGCAUGCUUAAGAACGAUCUCGAAACAGCGAAACUGAUGUUCAUGAACGCCUUGGAUAUCGAUUCAACCUCGUUCGAAGCCCUCUAUAACAUUGGUUUGAUCUUCAAGAAGCUUGGGGAUCAUAACAAUUCGUUGCUCUACUUCCGGAAGAUCAUCUCAAGCCUGGGACACGAGCAGCACCCGGAAGUGUUAUACCAAAUCGCUUGUCUGUACGAUCUUCUCGGGGACGUUGGUACCGCGCUGGAAUAUUUCCUUCAAUUGCUGAGCUUAGUACAGCAAGAUAACAAAAUUCUCCAGAAAAUCGGAGAACUGUACGAACGGGAUGGAGAACGUCAGCAGGCUUACCACUAUCAUCACGAGUCCUAUCGUAUCUAUCCGAUCGACAGUAGCGUGGUCAACUGGCUUUGCUCGCACUACAUCGAACUGCAGGUAGUGGAGAAGGCGAUUGGUUUCUACGAAAAAGCCGUACUGAAAGAUCCCCAGGAUCCGUAUUGUUUACUCCGUAUUGCGGGGUGCUACCGUCGAAUCGGGAACCAGCAAAAAUCGUUGAAUUUGUUCAAGAUGAUUCACGAAAUUUACCCCGAGAAUACGGAUUGCCUGAGGGCAUUGAUUCAUCUAACCCAGUCCCAGGGAAACAACGAGCUGUGCGAGCGAUAUAUGAGUGAGCUACAGAAGCUGGAGAAACAGAAAGAAGUUCGGCAGCGCAUUGGAACGAGCAGACCGCCAACAACGAGUAGUUCGCGGAUAUCUAGUGGAGAGCACAGUGGAAGGUCGGGUGGUGCCGGAUUUGAGAGCUAUCAGCCGCCAGCGACGGCCUCCGGACCGGGGUCUGGAUUAGGGAACAAAAGCGCAGAUGUAUCGCCUGAUUAUAACGCUUACUCGAAUGCGUACGGUUAUGCAGAUCCAUUGGGACCAGCCCAAGAAAGGCCACGAACAGGAAUUCGUAAAAAUCUAACCGUUGAGGACGAUUCGGAUGAGGACAUCAACCCAUAUGAUUUGCUGCCUGUCUAAAAGUCGGUCAUUCAUAAUAUAAUGUAUAAGUUGGUUUUGAAGUUGUCAAUAAUUUGAAAAUAAUAAAAUGUACUCUCCCAGCUUUACAGAACAGUUUUUUUCCUCGAAUCGGGGGAAAAAAAUAUAGUUGAAAGCUAUAAAUAUAGUUCAAACAGUCAUUUUCAACAACAAAUUAAAAUUUGCAUUGCUGAUAUGAAAAGUUUUUAUGUUAUAUCAUAUAGUGCUCAAUAAUUUUGAGAAAGUCGUUCGCGUUUUGGUACAGUUUUGCUAUAGCAGUUAUUGCAAAACAUCAUAAGA